GGUGGGACUAGGAGCCGUCGCUGCCACUGCCGCUGCCGCCGCCUAUAGAACCUGCUUUGCGCCUGGUGCUGCCGAGACGAUGCGGCCGGGGCCAGGAGGCUGCUGCUGCCGUCGCCCAGUGCGGGCGAACGGCUGCGUGGCGAACGGGGAAGUGCGGAACGGGUACGUGAGGAGCAGCGCCGCAACCGCCGCAGCCGCUGCCGGCCAGAUCCAUCAUGUUACACAAAAUGGAGGACUAUAUAAAAGACCAUUUAAUGAAGCUUUUGAAGAAACACCAAUGCUGGUUGCUGUGCUUACUUACGUGGGGUAUGGUGUACUCACCCUCUUUGGUUAUCUCCGAGAUUUCUUGAGGCAUUGGAGAAUUGAAAAGUGUCACCGUGCAACAGAAAGAGAAGAACAAAAGGACUUUGUGUCAUUGUAUCAGGACUUUGAAAACUUCUAUACAAGGAAUCUUUACAUGAGAAUUAGAGACAACUGGAAUCGCCCAAUUUGUAGUGUGCCUGGGGCCAGGGUGGACAUCAUGGAGAGACAGUCUCAUGAUUAUAACUGGUCAUUCAAGUACACAGGGAAUAUAAUUAAAGGUGUUAUAAACAUGGGUUCCUACAACUAUCUUGGAUUUGCACGGAACACUGGAUCAUGUCAAGAAGCAGCUGCCAAGGUCCUAGAGAAUUAUGGAGUUGGAGUGUGCAGCACUCGGCAGGAAAUUGGAAACCUGGACAAGCAUGAAGAACUGGAAGAACUUGUGGCACGGUUUUUGGGAGUAGAAGCUGCUAUGGCAUAUGGCAUGGGAUUUGCAACCAAUUCAAUGAACAUUCCCGCUCUUGUUAGCAAAGGUUGCCUGAUUCUGAGUGAUGAACUGAACCAUGCAUCACUGGUUCUGGGAGCAAGACUAUCAGGAGCAACCAUUCGAAUCUUCAAACACAACAAUAUGCAAAGCUUAGAGAAGCUAUUGAAAGAUGCCAUUGUUUAUGGUCAGCCUCGGACACGAAGACCCUGGAAGAAAAUUCUAAUCCUUGUGGAAGGAAUAUAUAGCAUGGAGGGAUCCAUUGUUCGCCUUCCUGAAGUAAUUGCCCUUAAGAAGAAAUACAAGGCGUACUUGUAUCUAGAUGAAGCCCACAGCAUUGGGGCUCUGGGCCCUACAGGUCGAGGUGUGGUAGACUACUUUGGUCUGGAUCCAGAGGAUGUGGAUGUUAUGAUGGGAACAUUUACAAAGAGCUUCGGUGCCUCUGGAGGAUACAUUGGGGGCAAGAAGGAGCUGAUAGACUAUCUGAGAAUACAUUCACAUAGUGCAGUGUAUGCCACGUCAUUGUCACCACCUGUGGUUGAGCAGAUCAUCACUUCGAUGAAGUGCAUCAUGGGGCAGGAUGGCACCAACCUUGGCAAAGAGUGUGUGCAGCAAUUAGCUGAAAACACCCGGUAUUUCAGGAGACGCCUGAAAGAGAUGGGCUUCAUCAUCUAUGGGAAUGAAGAUUCUCCAGUAGUGCCUUUGAUGCUUUACAUGCCAGCCAAAAUUGGGGCCUUUGGACGGGAGAUGCUGAAGCGGAACAUUGGUGUGGUUGUGGUGGGAUUUCCUGCUACCCCGAUUAUUGAGUCCAGAGCCAGGUUUUGCUUGUCGGCAGCUCAUACCAAAGAAAUCCUUGAUACUGCUUUAAAGGAGAUAGAUGAAGUUGGGGACCUAUUGCAGCUGAAGUAUUCCCGUCAUCGGUUGGUACCUCUCCUGGACAGGCCCUUUGACGAGACUACUUACGAAGAAACAGAAGACUGAGCCUUUUUGGUGCUCCCUUCAAUGAACCCUUCUUCACCCAGGACAGUGUGUGGCCUUUCUGAGCCAGUUCCAGGAACCACACUUCUGUGGCCAUCUCAUGUGAAAAACAUUUCCUCAACUACUGAAGUUGGCCACCUCCACUCUACAUGGAAUUUUGUAAAUAGUAAAAAACUGCUUCACAUCCUUCCUUUGCUAUAUGUGUUGCCUUUGAAAAGAAAGGUGACUCACUUUGCUUUUUUUUUCCAUUAAAAGAUUUAUUUUAUAACUUUCUACUUGUGAAAUCACGCUGACCCCAGCCUGUUCUGGCUAACCGUGCAGACUGUUCCCCUCCCCCAUCCACCAGGCAGAUUUGGGAUUCCUCUGGGUCCAUCGAGAGCUACUGCUGGCCCUGGCACUACAGACCAUCCUGGCCCUCCGCCCUAGGGAGCAAGUGCCUUCCACUUACCUUCCCAUCUAGGUCUCACAGGUUGCCUACCUUUGGAUCUUUAUUUAUCCAGUCAGGUAAUCAACCAAAGUAUUUUUUAUUUAGUCUUACGUUUAGCCUUUUAAGAAAAACAGUAGAUGGUAACAUUGAUAAAUGGCUCAUUGUAUAACUCCCUCAGGCCAGCCUCCCAAGGCUUUGGUAGUAUCCCAUUUUGAUCUGAUCACCAGAGGUUUUUUGUUUUUUUUGUUUGUUUUUUUUUCCUUCACCAUCAAAUAUUUCUUCAUGAUGGUCUUAGGUUUAGAGUAUAUCCAGUUUCUGAGUUUCACUUCCCAAGCUCUAACCUUUACAUCUCCUUCCCUCUAUUUAAAACACUUACUGUUAUAAAAGCACCCACAUUCCACCUUGGUCAGACCUCUGUGGUGAAGAUAAUUCUCAGACUCACUGUUUUAUGCAGAAAAGGUGGUCCUGUAGAGUGAUGUGCACUCCUGGUGGGGUGAGGGCAUAGGGACAGCAUAGAAAGAAUUGAUUACUACUAUCAGAAUGCCUGUGGUUUAGAUUUCUUAUUACUUUCCACUUUUUAAAAUUCUGAUAGCCUCUACUAGGUCUGGGACCAGAUCAGGACUUAAACUGAUAAAGGCAAAUGUUGGCAGAUCCUUUGCUCAGAAAUCAUUUGUCUUGUUCCUGUCUAAGGAUUCAAGUUAUUAACUUACCCCUUUUAGAAGCUGACCCAUUUAAAUGUUACUCUUCUGAAUGCUAGUUCUUUCUUAUUCUUGAUGUUUAAGAUCAUUUUAACCUAGCAUCUGGGGCUUAGGGUCUCCCCAUCCUCUACUACAUUUUUUUCUGAGAAAUUCUGAAGACAAACCCCUGUUCUAAAUUUGGAUCCUCUGUUUUGACUCUGUUUUCAUACUUUAAGAGUGUAAGAGAAUCUCAGAGAGCUUUAUAUUGCAUGACCAAAGAACAAAUCUAAAAAUCACUAUUUUAAACUUCUUUUCUGUUGACCAAAGUUUAAAUGAGGAGAACUUUUGGCUGUAUUAUUCUCAACAUCAGCUUGUGUUUUGGAAAACACCAAGUAUUACAGGGGAGGGAUUGGGAAUAGCAUGGGAAAAGAACGUGUGAAAAUAGUUUUGCACCUCUCUAUUUUGAAGUUGCUCCUUAGUAAAGAGUCUCUGUUCAAAUUCUCCUGGGCAUCUUGCACAUCACAACAUGUGCCUGCAUGUGGAGUGGAGGAUAUAAGCAAUAUUAUUGUUUGUGAAGUUUUGUUUUCACGUUUUAAGUCAUCUUUGUCCCUGUCAGCAUCUGAAAGCUUUAAGCCCUUGACAUAGGCCAAAGUUUUAUUCUACUUUUUUAAAGAACAGAAAUGAGUUAAUAAAAACUAAGUAGAGAUUCACAGAAUAUAUUUACCAUGUAAAGUGAAAGUAAAAAUGAGAUUAGUGUAAACUAAGUGUAACUAUUCCUGUAAAAUCAAACACAUUGCUAGCAUUUACUACAAUAUAGUUCACCAGAGAAUCAACACUAGGAUACCAGAUAGCUUUUGCACUAUAGUUAAUAUUUAAUGAUGUAGAAAAUCACAAACUUGUGCACAAGUCACAAAAUGUUAAGCAAUGAAUUUUCCUGCUAGUCUUUUUCAGUUGAUGUGCAUGAAGUCACAUCAAAUUAAAAUGUCAGUUUGUAUGGGCAUUUAAAAAUGUAUAAUCACUUUGUCCAGUGCAAAAUUAUUUCAGAAUAAGUGUUGCUAAGUUACAAUUUUAUUUUGAAGGAACAAACCUCCUCUGAUCCACCCAUGACCUUUGUACUUUCUAGAAGACAAAAUGUUAUAUGCAUUAUACAUGCUGGCUGUCUCUUCUUGAAACUAAUAUAAAUCUAGGGUCCAAGUUAUAUCACAGGUUUCAUCAUUUAACCAAGUACUUCGAAAAUACAAGUGUAUGUAAAUACAGCCAUUGGGAAUGCAUAGAAAUCCAAAAUAUAUACUUAUUAUUUACUACACUGUCUGAUUCAAGAAUCUAAUGGGAUUCAAACAGGUAUCAACUAACUUUACUACCAGAAACCAAUAAUCAGAGUCAUCAAGAGAGGUCUGACAUCCUCAUCUGUUUUUCUCAUCUCUCUUUUUAUUUAGCAUUUCCUCUAUCCAUUUCAGGUUUAUAAGACUUCUUUCUUUAGAUCACAUCAGAAACCAGGAAAUUUUAGGUUGGGAACAUCAAAAUCAUAGGCAAAGAAUGGCUGAAGUGCCAGAAGUCGUUUCCCCUCUCAUCUUUAUUUUAACAGCUUUAACCUAGAAUGUGGUGUACAUUUCAGAGCACACAAAAUAUUGAAAGAGAAUGUUUGGGAAUGAGCACUUUUGAGAGCUUUUUCAUCUUUUUGCUUUGCUUUGGUUAAAAAUUUUAACCCUUCAAACAAAGGUUCUAAUCUCUAGAACCCCCAAGUAUUGCCAUUUGAAGAACCUAGCCAUGUUAGUCCUUUAGUCAUUCUUUUAAACUUUCAUGACAGUGAGGAUUUCAGAGAGUCAAAACAAACUUCCUCUUGCAGUCAUGUAAAGCAAUUCUAAUUUCUAAUUUCUGAAUAGCCUACACAACUACUGAGGGUUGUAUGUUUGUCUGAUGCCCUUUUGGAGGUGAAGAAUUGUACAAUCUUCCAAUGAUUUGCCUUUUUAAAUUCCUCUAUACUCUAUAUAUACUCUAUAUAUAGAGUAUAUAAUUCCUCUAUAUUUGGCCUUUCUGUAUUUUCCAGUUCUCAGUUUAUAGAAUUCCAGCCCCAGAGGAAACAUUUAUAUGGUGGGGCUGGGCUUUAGGAAUCAGUAGAUCAGACACCUUGUUUUCCUUGUACACAGCUUUACAUGUCAGGAGGAAGCAGAGAGCUUUAUUUCUUCCCCACUUAAGGGACUCUGUUUCUAAGUUUCUUACAACCAGUAAGGUCUAGCUGAAUUUUCUAGUAUGUAAUACUCUUCUCUGCUUUCCUGUUAGUAAAAAUCAGGAGAAAGAAAUAGCUUACAUGGGAAGAUUUCCUGGCUUCUCAGGGAAGGAGGAAAGAAAAAAGGUAUCUACUACCACCUCACUGUUUUUCCCCCUUUUCCCAAUUGAUGAGGCACUCUGGCUCCCAGUGAUACAGGACUGUGCAACUGUGCAGAACUACUAGUCACGCCAUAAUAUGGAUAAUUCUUGCUUUGUAAGAAUUUGUAGGGAUGUGGCAAUACCACCUAGAGAAGCUUAAAUAUAUUUGACUCAUUCUGUGGCAUGAAGAAUGCUAUGAUCUGAUUCCCCACAUAAGUGUGUCUUUUCUCUCAGUGCUGUAGGUAAGCCAGAAUGGGUGGUGAGAAAAGGACAAGAGUAGUGGAUUCUUUUCUAACUGCCUACCUUCAUGAAAAUCGUGAAUUGUUGAGCAUUUCACACAGGUAAAAAUCAGCUUAGCCCAAGGGGAUUGUGAAGGGAGGUAUGAAAAUCAAAGGUUUCUUGUUAGCUGUUGAGUACUGUUUGCCUAAAUGCAGCCUCAAAAACCUAUGAAAGCUUAAUGUCCAGCAGGCAUCUUAAUCCAUUAGGCCAGUUAAAACUUCUUCCAUGUGGAGAAAAGCAUGUCCGUUCUCUCCUCAGCUUUAUCCAUAUGAAACAGAAUGCUCAGGAUCCCAGCCAAUUGCCAUGUGCAAGGAUAGCAGAAUUGGAGGACUCACCUCUCCUUUCCUGUACAGAGGAAAUGCUAGGACUAGCCAAUGGUCCCUUUGCUUUUAAUUGAAUGCAGAGCACUGUUGUCAUUCCAUUUGUCAUUUCCAGUGACUUAUGUUUUUUGAGCAUUUGCUAUAGAUUGAGUCCUUCCUAGGAAGGAAGCCAGAGGGGCUAGCUUGUGUUUAUAAUGAAAAUGUGUCCUGGUUUUCUCUAGUAAAUCUGGAGUUUCACAUUCCCAGUUCAUCCUUGGGAGUGGCUUGGCAGAGGAAGCUUUGGGCAGGUUUUGUUAACUACAUGGUAUACACAAGAUAAAAGAUCCUGAACUGUGAUUCUUUGUGGUAUGAUGAGUUAUAAUAAACUGACCCUGAAGAAUGCAAUGGCUCUUAAACUUGGUUACUGUGUUCUUAAUGAAGCAACACCCAGAGUCCUGUUCUAUUGGAGCAGUGGUGGGGUUGAAUGCAAGAUAAAAACAAGAGAAGUAUUCUGAUUUUGUGCUUUCACAGUUGGCCUACGUUGUUGCCAUCUGCAUGGAUAAGUGAAUCUUUUCGUGCAAAUGAGUCCUGAGCCAACCCAAUCUGGUUUUCCCAACACAAUUCCCAGGUUCCUAGUGCAAAGUUUGGACACUUGCCCCAGACUUUCCAAGAGAGGGAGGAAUGCAUCAGAGACUAGGGUGGAGCUGUGAGCUGUCUUCACCUUUAGUAAUAUUGUUAUCUCAGUGAUGUUAAACCAACGGUUGGAAUGAUUUACAAGUGUUCCUCUUUCUUCACACCACACUGGUGAAAUCACCCACAUAAUCUUGAUGAUCCCUCUCUGUAUAAAGGCAGCUAACAUUAAGAGAAGGGGGAAAGAGAGAAUAAGAAUAGAGAACUAGCUUACUGGACAGCUGAGAUCUUAUUUUCUUGGCCCAUAUUUCUUCAAUGACCAAGUCACCUGUAAACUGGAGUUUGUAAGAGGUGCUGUGAUAACCCCUUUCUGUUUCUAUAAUCUGAAAAAGUGUGAGGAGAGAACAUGUAAAUAAAAAAAUUUAUAAAUACAGUAAUGUUUUAGGGUAAGUCACAUUUUUCUCUUACUCCCCACCCCUUUUUGCAGGAUGAUUUCUUUUUCUUUGUUGGAUGACUGUGAAACUAUAGUGGGUUGGGGUAGGUGUAUCAAUUUUAAGAGUGCAUGUUAAAAACUGAAGGAAGAGUACUUGAGAUGCCUUAAGAAUCAUCCCAUGAAAAUAAAUUGUUUUGUCCCAAUAAAAUAUUCAUAAAGAUA